AUGGCGGGUCUGAACGUGUCCCUCUCGUUCUUCUUGGCCACCAUCGCCCUCUGCCAGGCGGCCAGGAGGGCGUCCAAGGCGCUGCUCCCCCCGGGCGCCUACACCAGCUUCGCCCGGGAAGUGGCGGGUGCCGCCCAGCUGGGGGCCUGCUGCCUGGAGCUGCGGAUGCUGGCGGAGCUGGGCCCCUGGGCCGGGGGCUUUGGGCCCGACCUGCUGCUGACCCUGCUCUUCCUGCUGUUCCUGGCGCACGGGGCCACCUUCGACGGGGCGUCGGCCAACCCGGCGGUGGCCCUGCAGGAGCUGCUGCUGGCCGAGGCCGCGCUGCCAGGCACGCUGCUGAAGCUGGCGGCCCAGGCGCUGGGCGUGCAGGCGGCCUGCGCCCUGACCCGGCUCUACUGGGCCUGGGAGCUCAGCGACCUGCACGUCCUGCAGAACCUCAUGGCGGCGCACUGCAGCUCCGCGCUGCGCACGACCGUGCCCCACGGCGCGCUGGUGGAGGGCGCCUGCGCCUUCGUCUUCCACCUGAGCCUCCUGCGCCUCCGCGGCAGCCCGCCCGUCUGCAGGGUGCCCGCCGUGGCCCUGCUGGUCACCGUCAUGGCCUACACAGCGGGGCCCCUGACCUCGGCCUUCUUCAACCCCGCCCUGGCCGCCUCUGUCACCUUCCCGUGCGAGGGCCACACCUUGCUGGAGUACGCCCAGGUGUACUGGCUGGGCCCCCUGACAGGGAUGGUGCUGGCUGUCCUGCUGCACCACGGCCACCUUCCCCGGCUUUUCCAGAAGAACCUGUUGUACAGUCAGAAGAACAAGUACCGGACCCCCAAGGGGAAGGCGGCCGCAGGACCUGAGGACGCCCGGAGGCCCACCGAGGGGGGCAGCGGCCAGGAACCCGGGCGGCGGGGGGGCGGGGGGCGGGGGCGGCCGCCACUGGGCUCCAGCUGA